UAACACGAGUCAGGCCUUAAGUAGGAGCUCCAACCCCAAUAGUUCCCAGAGUAUUUAUGAUGGAGCAAGAAACUGUUCAUGCAAUGACAGUGGAUAUAACAAUGAACAAGACUCUGAUCUUAGGAAACAUCAGGCACCUCAAUCUUCAGAUAUGGAUUCUAAAAGUAAUACUUGUAGGAAUAUCUUUUAUCGAGCAUCGGGUCUUUCACUAAAUAACAGUACAGAUACUGGAGAGAAGACUUACAAUUGUAGUGAAUAUGAUGUUUCUAAUCAGUCUUCAGAACUUAUUCAACAGCAGAGUAUUCAGAAUCCACAGAAAAACUACAAGUGUAAGAAAUGUGAGAAACUCUUUGCUAACAUACUCAAUCUAUGUAAACAUAGGGAAAUUCAUACAGGAUGGAAUACUUUCAAAGGUACAGAAUGUGACAAAGCGUUUAAUCAGAGUUCCAAACUUAGUCAACAUCAGCGAAUCCAUAUUGGCCAGAAGCCUUAUGAAUGUAAGGAUUGUGGCAAAGCCUUUAUACAACACAGAGAUCUUACUUGCCAUCAGAGAAUUCACACUGGAGAGAAACCUUAUAAAUGUCAAGAAUGUGGGAAAGCUUUCAGUCAUUACGCAACUCUUAGUAAACACCAGCGAAUUCAUACUGGAGAGAAGCCUUAUAAAUGUAAGGAUUGUGGCAAAGACUUUAACCAGGGCUCAGGCCUUAUGUACCAUCAGAGAGUUCAUACUGGAGAGAAGCCUUAUAAAUGUAAGGAUUGUGGCAAAGGCUUUAGCCAGCUCUCAGGUCUUACUUGCCAUCAGAGAAUUCACACUGGAGAGAAACCAUAUACAUGUCAAGAAUGUGGAAAAGCUUUCAGUCAACAGGCAAAUCGUAAUAAACACCAGCGAAUUCAUACUGGAGAAAAGGGUUAUAAAUGUAAGGAUUGUGGCAAAGACUUUAGGCAGGGCUCAGACCUUAUAUCCCAUCAGAGAGCUCAUACUGGAGAGAAGCCUUAUAAAUGUAAGGAUUGUGGUAAAGGCUUUAGCCGGAACUCAGGUCUUACUUGCCAUCAGAGAGUUCAUACUGGAGAGAAGCCUUAUAAAUGUAAGGAUUGUGGCAAAGGCUUUAGCCAGCUCUCAGGUCUUAUUUCCCAUCAGAGGGUUCAUACUGGAGAGAAGCCUUAUAAAUGUAAGGAUUGUGGCAAAGGCUUUAGCCAGCUCUCAAGUCUUAUUUGCCAUCAGACAGUUCAUACUGGAGAGAAGCCUUAUAAAUGUAAGGAUUGUGGCAAAGGCUUUAGCCGGAACUCAGGUCUUACUUGCCAUCAGAGAGUUCAUACUGGAGAGAAGCCUUAUAAAUGUAAGGAUUGUGGCAAAGGCUUUAGCCGGAACUCAGGUCUUACUUGCCAUCAGAAAAUUCACACUGGAGAGAAACCUUAUAAAUGGAACGAAUUUGGAAGAGCUUUCAGUCAAUACGCAACUCUUAUUAAACACCAGCAAAUUCAUAGUGACGAGAAGCCUUAUAAAUGUAAGGAUUGUGGCAAAGGCUUUAUUCAACGAGGAGGUCUUACUUGCCAUUAGAGAAUUCACACUGGAGAGAAACCUUAUAAAUGUCAAGAAUGUGGAAAAGCUUUCAGCCAAUACACAACUCUUACUCAACACCAGCGAAUUCAUACUGGAGAGAAACCUUAUAAAUGUAAGGAUUGUGGCAAAGACUUUAGCCGGCACUCAGGCCUUCUGUACCAUCAGAGAGUUCAUACUGGAGAGAAGCCUUAUAAAUGUAAGGAUGGUGGCAAAGGCUUUAGCUGGCACUCAGGUCUUACUCGCCAUCAGAGAAUUCAUACUGGAGAGAAACCUUGAUAAUAUAAAGAAUGUGGAAAAGCUUUCAGUCACUAUGCAACUCUUACUAAACACGAGCGAAUUCAUACUGAAGAGAAUU